AUUUUACAUGUAAUACAAAAGUUAUUAAUUUCAUAUUCUCAAUAUGAAAAUUAUUGGUAUAUUAUAUAAUUCAAAUUCUAUAGUUUAUUAUUGUGUGAUAAAUCAUUGUGAAAUUAUUUUAUAAAAGAGUUAUGACUAAUAAAUACUUGUACUUUGUUUAUUUGAGCAUUACACAAAUUUGAAAUGAUUAAUAUUCACUUAAUUUUUAUAAUUAAUAUACGUUUAUACAUUUUAUAUAUACAUCAUGGGACUCGGUCGUAUCUCAGACGUCUUCGGUACACAAAUACAAUAUGUAUGAGACACAUAUACAUACUUUAAUACUUAUAUCUACUGCUCAUGUUUAUUGUUGAUUAUGGUUUUUUGCUCCAUCUAUGUCGUCAAUAAGAUUUCCAUAUCAGACUGCAGUAUAUAGCAUAGGUCAAAGAACAGAUUAUUUUUUCUAUAUAAUCACAAGUAACUCUACAACAAGAUAGAAAGUUCAAAAUGAAUAUAUUGACUAAAGCUCGCAUAAUUUCUAGUAAGUUAGGUAAUUACUAUUAUAGUGGAAAAGUUGGUAUAAUCGGAGUACCUUUUGAUAAAGGACAGAAAAAAGAAGGAGUAGCAUGUGGACCUGAGGCAAUUAGAGCAGCAAGACUGAUAGAUGAAUUGAAAAUAUUAGAGUUGGAUGUGCGAGAUUAUGGUGAUGUGCUUUACAAUGCAAAUAACAUAAAUGAUGUAAAAAAUAUGUCACAUUUGGGCCAUGUGGCUAGCUGUAUGAGUAAUUUAUCUGAACAAAUUCGACAAGUAUUACGUGAUGGCAGGCAAGCAUUAACAAUCGGUGGUGAUCAUAGCUUGAGCAUCGGUACAAUCGAUGGACACGUCAAGGAAAGACAAGAUGUGGCAGUAAUAUGGGUAGAUGCACAUGCAGAUUUAAAUACUAACAAAACUAGUGAGAGUGGUAAUGUGCAUGGAAUGCCUGUAGCAUUGUUAACUUUGGAGCUAGCUGAUUAUUGGCCGUAUUUACCAGGAAUGGACUGGCAGAUGCCAAUAUUAUCUAUUAGAAACGUGGCUUAUAUUGGUCUGAGAUCCAUAGAUCGCUAUGAAAGAUUAAUAAUUGAAAAAUUUGGUAUUACCGCUUAUGGAAUGGAAGAUAUAGAACGUUAUGGUAUUCACGACGUGAUGCAUAUGGCACUUAAUAAAAUAGAUCCUCAUAACUCAAGAUCUCUACACGUUAGCUUUGAUAUAGAUGCAUUAGAUCCACUCGAAGCACCCAGUACUGGAACACCAGUACGUGGAGGACUGUCUCUUAGAGAAGCAAUUCAUCUGAUGGAAGAGAUAUCUAGAACACAUAGAUUGAGAGCUAUCGAUUUAGUGGAAGUUAAUCCACAAAUUGGUAGUGAACAUGAUGUGAAAAUGACUGUACAAGCAGCAAUACAUAUUAUCCAAGCAGCUUUGGGCUAUACAAGACGCGGUUUGAGAGUACCUAAAGAUGUUACUGAUAUGCCUUUACAAACAUUUCAUUAAUAUCUAUAUAUAUAUUUUAAUUAUCUUUUUAUUCUCAUUUUAAUUUGUUUUCAAUUGCAAUA